AAUGAACGUUUGAAUGAUUUUCUUUCAGUUAUUGUCAGUAAAGUUGUUAAUAAAUCAUCAGAUGAUAACCUGCAGCUGUAUUGUGUCUUGUUCUCUCCAUCAGAUGUCUGUGAACUGGAACUGGACACAAACACAGUACACAGAAAACUCAAACUGUCUGACAACAACAGGAAGGUGACACGUGUGGAGGAGUAUCAGUCAUAUCCUGAUCAUCCAGACAGAUUUGACUACUGGCAUCAGCUGCUGUGUAGAAAUGGUCUGACUGGUCGCUGUUACUGGGAGGUCGAGAGGAGAGGAGUGGGUAAUAUAUCAGUGAGUUACAGAGGAAUCAGGAGGAGAGGAAACAGUAAAGACUGUUUGUUUGGAAGGAAUGAUCAGUCCUGGAGUCUGAUCUGCUCUGAUGAAGAUGGUUACUCUGUCAGGCACAAUAACAGAGAAACAUCCAUCUCCUCCUCCUCUGUCUCUAACAGAGUAGCAGUGUAUGUGGACAUUCCUGCUGGCUCUCUGUCCUUCUACACAGUCUCCUCUGACUCACUGAUCCACCUCCACACCUUCAACACCACAUUCACUCAACCUCUUUAUCCUGGGUUUAUGGUCUGGCCUGGUGCCUCAGUGUCUCUGUGUCCUCUGCAGGACUGAGAGUGUCUCCUGGUUCUUCAGU